AUGGACAACAUCACAAUCGCCACGCACAACGGGCACUUCCAUGCCGAUGAAGCGCUGGCCGUGCACAUGCUGCGGCGCCACGUGCCCGAGUAUGAAAAUGCCCAACUGGUCCGCACGCGGGACCCAGCCAAGCUGGCCGUGGCCCACACUGUAGUCGACGUUGGCGGCGUGUACGAUGCGGCAGCACGUCGUUUCGACCACCACCAGCGCGGCUUCGACACCACGUUCCCCGACCGAUCGACCAAGCUGUCGUCAGCCGGGCUAGUCUACAUGCACUUUGGCCGCGACAUUGUCGCACGGCGGAUACAGCAGCGGAAGGCCAAGCUGAAGCUGAAGCAGCAGCAGAGCGAGGCCGAGGCCGAGACAGACGCAACCGAGGCAGACGUGGACCAGCUGUACCGAAAGCUGUACAGCGGCUUCGUCGAGGCUCUCGACGCCCACGACAACGGCAUCGACCAGUACGACCCGGUCGAGCUAGCCAGCGCCGGCAUCCAGAAGCGCUUCUCCGACGGUGGCUUCUCGCUGGGCGCCGUCGUCGGACGCUACAACGCGGCCUGGAACGACGUCGAGGCCGAGGCCCAGGGUCAGGCCGGCGAGGAUGUCCGGUUCGUGCAGGCCAGCGCCCGCAUCGGCGAGGAGUUUGACAGCAGCCUCAACUACCUGGUGGGCGCCUGGCUGCCGGCUCGCAGCCUCGUGCGCAGCGCCUUCGCCGCCCGCCUCGACUUCGAUCCCAAGGGCCGCCUGCUCGUCUUCCGCAACCAGUCAUGUCCCUGGAAGGAUCAUCUGUACGCGGAGGAAGAGGCUGCGAGCCAGGCUGCGGCCGACGACGCCGAUGUCAAGGUCCUCUACGUGCUCUACCCCGACAAAGAGGACCGCUGGCGGGUGCAGUGCGUCCCGGCGUCCAAGGACUCGUUUACGAGCCGUAAGCCGCUGCCCGAGGCCUGGCGUGGACACCGCGACGGCGACCUGGAUAAGCUCCUGGAAGGCGAGGUGGUGCCCGGCGCCGUGUUCGUGCACGCGGCCGGCUUCAUUGGCGGCCACCGCACAUUUGAGGGCGCCCUGCAGAUGGCCAAGAAGGCUCUGGAAGUCUAA